UAAUCCGAUACAAGGAUAAGAGUUUCUCUGUAUCCAAACAGGAUCAGGGUCUUCUACCGUCUUCAUCUUCGUCUGAUUUGUCGUCGUCGUCUCUCAAAAGCGCCACUCUUGAAGUCGGUUUUGGUUCUUAGCGUUCGUGAUUUUGCGAAGGUUAGCGAGAGAAAUAACAAUGUCCGGCUCCGAUAAGCUACAGGGUUCUCAAUCGUGGACAGACGCUACUGAUGUUGGUUGGUACAUUCUUGGUGGAAACCAAGAAAGCCUGGGUCCAUAUACCUUCCUGGAGCUGUGUGACCAUUUCAAGAACGGUUACCUACAGGAAACUACUCUGGUCUGGGCUGAAGGAAGAAGCGAAUGGCAGCCUCUUUCUGCUGUCACUGAGUUGAUGUCAAGGAUCUCUGGAGCUGAAGUUGACCAUUCAGCUGGAGGUGCACCGGGGUUGAUGAAUGGAUAUGGUGCAAGAACCAACCAAGAGAAGCAAAGUAAUACUGCGUCUACUGAGGAUGAGUUUGAGAAAUGGCAGAGAGAGAUUAAAGAAGCAGAGGCGGACGCUGAAAGGUUGAAAGAUGAUCAAGACAGACCUUCUUCACCACCCGAGGGGGAAGAUGAGUUCACUGAUGAUGAUGGAACUAGAUAUAAAUGGGACAAAGCUCUUAGAGCAUGGGCUCCUCAGAACGAUCCAGUAGGUAGUGUUGAUCCGUAUGGACUCGAAGAGAUGACCUUUGCUGAGGAAGACGAAGUAAUUCCAACUAUAAACGUUCUUGAUACUUCUGUUGAUAAGGAGGAUGUUUCUAAGGAUGAUGUGGCUAGUAAAAAAGAAGAAGAUGGCUCUGAUCAGACCGCGGAAAUAAACAAUAAUGGCAAGAGGAAGCUGCCAGAAGAAGAAGAAACCGAAAAGAAGGAAGCAAACAAGCCUCCAGAAGCGUGGUUUGAGCUGAAAGUAAACCCACAUAUCUACGUUACCGGGUUGCCCAAGGAUGUCACAAUCGAGGAAGUAGUUGAAGUUUUUUCUAAAUGCGGCAUUAUUAAGGAGGAUGACACUGGCAAGCCUCGCAUAAAGCUUUACAGUGACAAGGCGACAGGAGAAUUAAAAGGCGAUGCUCUUAUCACGUAUAUGAAGGAGCCCUCAGUGGAUCUUGCAAUUCAAAUCUUAGACGGGGCUCCUUUACGUCCAGCUGACAAGCUCCUCAUGUCAGUUUCUCGAGCCAAAUUCGAGCAGAAAGGGGAGAGAUUUAUAACGAAGCAAACCGAUAACAAGAAGAAGAAAAAGCUUAAAAAGGUCGAGCAAAAGUUGCUUGGAUGGGGUGGUAGAGAUGAUGCUAAGAUCGCAAUACCUGGAACUGUUGUUCUGCGCCACAUGUUCAGUCCAGCGGAGAUGAGAGCUGAUGAGAAUCUGUGUGCCGAGGUAGAGGAAGACGUGAAAGAAGAAAGUAUGAAGCAUGGACCGUUUGAUUCAGUGAAGGUGUGUGAGCUUCAUCCACAGGGUGUUGUUCUCAUAAGAUUUAAGGAUCGUAAAGAUGCUCAGAAAUGUAUAGAUGCAAUGAACGGUCGCUGGUAUGCAAAGAGACAGAUACAUGCGAGCCUUGACGAUGGAUCAGUGAACCACGCUGCGGUUCGUGACUUUGAUGCGGAAGCCGAACGGUUAGAUCAGUUUGCAGCUGAGCUCGAAGCUGAAUAGAAGAAACAAAAUCACAAUAAAUCUAAAAGCUCUUUUGUAGAAUACAUCAUGUUAGUUGUUGAGAAGUUUGAAGUAUAACCAUAUGUUUUUCAUUUUUUUUGUUGUUGAAAACUAACUCUUUCUUGAGGGAGUAAAACAAAUAUGCCCCUAUUGAUAUAUGAAAAUAAAAAUUACAUUAAA